UCUAAGCACGGAGCAACAUUCUUCCGCGCAACCCGUGUUAUCGCUUAUCGUCUUCACGCGACUUUCUCCCCAGCCAUUGCGCUGUCCACGAUGGCUACUGACGAGGCCAUGGAGGACGUGCAGCCAGCUACGAAGAGGCCCUCCGUGGAAAUUGAACCCUUGAAGCGGAAGAAAUUCAAGGCAGAAGACCUUCCCCUUUCUGCCGCCCAACAUGCAGCCAUCGACAAACUCUUGCAUUCAUUCAAGAAGAAGGGUGGUUUUGACAGUAUUCGAAAACAGAUCUGGGCGGAUUUUAAUGAUGGAGACUCUAAGACCAACUUCACCAAUGAGUUGAUCGCAUUGGCAGAAUCCGAGAUCGAACGCGAACCGGCGCACCUAUCGCGUGAGAGGGGUAAAGCUGCAACUUUGAUAGAAGGCGCUGUCGAUCGUGGCGAUGUUUACAAGAACGUGGAGCAGUCUAUUGAUCUCCUGGCAUCCAGACACCUCGACUCCAUAUUGGAAUCCGUCCGUUCUAUUCGCCGAGAAGACAUCGGCGAAGAGGCAGCUGCAGAGGAGGAAAAGACUGGUAGCAAGACAGACGAAGACUAUGAGGCAUACGUCAAAGCUAAGCGAGACGCACGCGAGGAAGUCUAUCGUGAAGAGAUGCGGAAACAAAAAGAAAUCGAAGACGAACAGAAACGCAUCAAGGCCGAAGAAGUACGAAAGAAACGUGAAAUUGAGCGACAGAAGGAGGAAGAAGAGCGAGCCAGGCGAAAAGAAAUUGACGACAAGCGACGAGCCGAACGUGAGCGUGCCCGCGAAGAACAAAGAGCGCUUGACGACCAGCGAGAGCGAGAGCGAGACGAACGAUAUGAACGACGAAGACGAGAAGACCGGGAGCGGUUCUGGGAUCGUGACCGUAGUCGCACGAGAGACCGGGAUCGUGACCGUUUACGCGACCGUUCUCCUGCCUAUCGCUCUGACCGUGGCUUAUCUCCACGCAGUCGCGAUCCGAAGCGAGAAAAGUCCACUACAUCUAAAGACCCAACCCCAGCUCCGGCACCUCCCGUUGAUGAUAAGUCACUAGAGGAGGCUGCCCUUCAGAUGCUUCUGAAAGAAGGCGAAGAGCUUGCUGCAAAGGCACGGCAACGGCCUGAGUUUGACUUCGAGGAGGCGGAAGCUAUUGAGAAUGGUCUCAAACCAUCAUCAACGUCUGGGGUGACCAAGGCAGACGUGAAACUCGGUCUACCUUCAGGGACCGGAGCUGGAGCCGAAGCCGUUAUCGACCACUUGGAUCUCGUUUUGACCCAGACCAUCGACGAGAGAGGUCUCGUGAUGCAUCUGUCAGAUCCCGAGACCGCGAAAUGGAUGAUCGGCGUGGCUUUCGUGAUUUUAGAGAUGAAAGAAGUUAUCGACCAGCUCGCCGGAGCCGUAGCCGGUCUACUGUUCGAGGAAUGCGAGACAGAGACAGGGAUCGUGACCACAAUCGAAGCGCGGAUCGAGACAGAGAGAGAGUCCGGGAUCGACCACGAUCCAGAUCCCGUGAUCGAGACUUUGAAAGACGCCGCCAUGAUCGUAGCCGCGAUAGAAGUCGAGACAGAGAUCGAGGUGGUGACGGCUACCGGUCUCGCCGAAGUAGAGUCUCUCGGUCACCAUCUCGCCGCCGCUCCCGCAGCAGGCGAUCGCGAUCUCGAUCUCGCCCUCGCCAUCGCAGCCGGGAUCGCCCUCGCUCCCGCCCUCGUUCGCGUACUCGAUCGCCUGCUCCUAGACGGAGAUCACGCUCUAAAUCCACUACACGCAAAAGAUCACGUUCUCGACAUCGCUCGCGCGAGCGGCGCCCUUCACCUGGUUCUCUAG